AUGGACUUACCACCAAAUUUACUUCAUACUCAAGAUGUUUUUGAUUUUGGUAAAUGUGAUAAAAAUAUAAAACAUGGAUAUUUGACAAGGAAAAUAAUUAAUUUUCGUUUAAAUGAUACAGUACUUUUGUCAAUAUUUAUAAUUGUUGCUAUAAUAGCUAUUGUAAUGAAUGGUUUACCAUUAUUAAAUACCAAUUGGAUACAUGUUGUUGAACCAAAACCAAUCAAAAGAGAAGAUUCAAAAGGUGAUAUUAUUAAUUUAAUGUAUGAAUUUGAUGCUGGUUAUUUUCAUGUAUGCAGGCAAUAUAUUUUUAAUGAAAAUUUAACAGAAUAUUUUUAUGAAAAUGAAACAUUUUAUUUUACAACUGAAUGUCAUUGGAUUACUUCAUUUCAGUCUGAGGAGCUAAGUGAAUACAGUACUGCAACAAUGGCUAUAUUACAACGUACAUUUAUUCCUUCAACAAUGCAUAUAAUUGGUUGUUUUUUAAAUAUUACUGCAUUGAUAUUGGGAGUAUAUGGUUAUUUUGAUAAAUCCCUUAAGACAUUAACAUCAGCUAUAUUUUUAACUAUUGGUUCUUUAUCUGUUGCAGCUGCUGUAUUACAAGUUGUUUGUAUUGUUGAUGAUGAGAUGUCUUCACGUAUUAAACCAAAUGCAGCAGGUGAAUUAUCAUUAUAUAGUUUUAAAUAUAAUUGGGGAUUUUUUACAUCAGCAUUAAGUUUUUUACCAUUUCAAGUUUGUAUAUAUUGUCAAGUUGUUUUAUAUAUGAGACGUUUUAAAAAUUUAAAUGAUAUACAAAAAAUUGUUCCUGGUCUUUUAAGAAUGGUUUCUAAAAAAAUACCAAAUAGAAAAAUAUCUAUAUCUCCUGUUCAAAGAAAAAAUAGUAAUAUUUUUGAAAAUAAUACUAAUAGAAACUUUAAAAAUAUGAAUUAUUAUUGUGAUUAUGAAACAAAUCAAAGUAAUACUUUUAAUAUUUUUACAAAUGUAUGA